CCAUAAUGCUGAAUGUGACAAUAGCGGAGGCGGCGCAAAUGCUGGGGAGACCUUUAACGGCAGCGGAGACGGCCAUGGCGCUGCAGAUAUUCGUGUUUCUGCUGCUCGAGGACUACGGCAACUACUGGAUCCACCGCCUCUUCCACCACUCCUUCCUCUACAAGCACAUCCACUACAAGCACCACGAGUACACGUCUCCCAUGGGCGCGGCCGCCACGUACGCGCACUGGGCGGAGGUGCUGGUGCUGGGCAUCCCCACCUUGGUGGGGCCGGCCAUGGUGCAGUGCCACGUGGUCACGCUGUGGGCCUGGAUCCUGCUGCGCCAACUGGAGGCCAUCGAGACGCACUCAGGGUACGACUUCCCGUGGUCGCCCACGUGGCUGAUCCCGUUCUACGGCGGGCCGCGCUUUCAUGACUACCACCAUGAGGUGGGGGGCCACAGCCACUGCAACUUCGCCUCCAUCUUCACCAUCUGCGACUGGCUCUACGGCACCGAUAAGGGCUACUACGCCAAGGUGGCGGCUGAGGAGAAGAUGAAGACGCCCCUAGGGGCGUUUACUAGACUGGUUUGAAAACGUGGGGGGGCGUUUAAUUGAAUAAAAAAUAUAAGCCCAUGGGCGUUUUAAAGGGAUUAUAUGGAAAAUAAAAGUUUGACAUCGAC